AUGGCUGCCCUACCUGCUUCGGCCAGCAUGAUGAGCAAUGCGUUGUCUGGCAGUCUAAGCAAUGGUAGUAGCCCGCUUGGUGGUGCUCCACUUUUGCCACCUCAUGCACCUCAUGCGACUGGUAUCACCUGCCACUGUCAUACCACCUUCAUACCCCCACCACCUGUUCCACCCCACGCUAGUUCCACUCGAUCCACCGACUCCGCAGGCCAAAUAACUGGUACCACAUUCGAGUCACAAGAUGCUCUCAGUGGCAGUGGAGAAGCAGGUACUUUGCGACAGACAUCCAUUCCGGUUGAUGGGUUAUCACGCUACAGUCCAGAAUCGGGCUUACCACAUGACGACACAUCUCAUCAAGGUGAUCUGGUACCCGAGACCUGUAUUAUGGUUGGUGAGUCUUCCUCGUCAGAAGAAGACGACGAUGACGAGGAGGAGGAGGAGGAGGAGGACGAAGAGGAGAAUCUUAGCAGUCCAACCAGUCCUAUCGCUCCUGGAGUUCAACAUUUUGCCGGCGAAACUCACUCUAGCGGCUUGCCUACUCCAAUGACAGCCUCUAAGGAGUCAGAAAGUAACACAAUCAAAGAUUUAUCGUCACCCACUCCAGAUGAAGAACCACCUGUAUUUGUCGAAUCGGAGGCCGUCGCACCUGUUGCUUCUGACAAGUCGCAAACAAAAACGGCCACUACUGAAUUAACGAUGAAGAAAUCGACUGUACCCCCUCCGAUUCCUGCGAAACCACAAUCUCUGGCACAACACGCCUUUCGACCACAACAGUUGACCACAUCACGAAAUGAUCAAGCAUCUGAUUCCGUCCCACCUUCAAGUCCUCAACCAGUUCCUAGCAAACAAUCCCCAGCACCGGCUUAUGCUAACAGCAUUCAGAAGAGUGCUAGCAAUGUCGCCAAGCUUACUACAAAAGAAUCUACCGCCCCCGUCCAUGGCACAACCACUGCUGCUCCCCGUCGUCGUAACGGGACCCACCGGUUGACCGAUCAACAAGUCCAUGAACGACUGAAAACGAUCGUGAGCAAAGGAAAUCCGCAUGAUAAAUAUCGCCUGGUGGAGAAAAUCGGACAAGGUGGUGGUGAAGAGCUAUGGGUUGUGAUGGAGUACCUAGACGGUGGUUCACUGACAGAUGUGGUCACCGAGACAUGCAUGGAAGAAGGUCACAUCUCGGCCAUUUGUCGUGAGAUCCUUCAUGCGCUUGAAUUCCUUCACGCGAAUCGCGUCAUUCAUCGCGAUAUUAAAUCAGACAAUAUUUUGCUUGGCAUGGACGGCUCAGUCAAGUUGACUGAUUUCGGAUUCUGCGCUCAGCUCAGUCACGACAAAACAAAACGCUCCACAAUGGUCGGAACUCCUUACUGGAUGGCUCCGGAGGUGGUCUCACGCAAACAGUACGGUCCGAAAGUGGAUAUCUGGUCCCUGGGAAUCAUGGCGAUUGAGAUGGUGGAUGGAGAACCACCCUACCUGAACGAGAAUCCGCUUCGUGUUUCCCCGCCAGGUGCCUGUGAAAAACCGAAUGGACUAAUCCAAACAUUCAUCAUCUAA